UAAUUCGCUCCAAUGCAAUCAUCUCUCUUAAAUCUAACCUUAAAAUAAAACAUUUAAGAAAAAUUAGAGUCUAGAGAGAGAAACCAUGACUGACAACUAAGAAAAAUGUGGUCCUAAAGAUACCUCCAAAACCCUAGCUUUCUUUAAUUUUCUCUUCCUUUGCACUUUAUGUGCUCAUUUUACCUACAUUUCGGUUUAUAAAUUUGAGAUCAGCUCUAAAAAGGUGAAAUUCUAUUGCUUUUUUCGUUGGUUUGGUAAGUGAUCACCAGUAUCAAAACCCUUUUCUUGUUUAUUGAUUUUGAACCCAUUUUUUCCCUCAAAAUCUCACAAUUCAUUCACUGUUGUGUCAAAGUAGGCAACUUUACUGAAACCCUUUCCUCUUUUAUGGGUUUUGAAUCAAAUUUUAGUCUCAGAAUCUUGCGUUUCAUUCAGUUUUGUGUUAAAAUAGUGCACUUUGGUCUAAUUUAUUGUUGAAUUGUACUCAAUUUUGCAGGUAAAGCUGUUGGUUUUGUAGAAUUUGACUGAUUAAUUUUGGGAGGUUGUGUGAGAAUUUCGUCACUUCUGAUGUUUUGUUUCCAAUCAUUUUAUCAAAAACCCAAUUUGAUUUUUUCUCUUAGACCCCCUUUCUCGUAUUCUAUUCCGUAUAUUUUUCUUCCCUCUGAUGUUGUUUUCUUCAUAUGUUGCUUUAAUUGCAAUAAAUUUCGCCUAAAAAUUUGAUUUGUUUUCUUAUUUAUCGUCCCUGUUUGAGCUUGGUCUUGUCAAAUUAAGUUCAAUUGUUACCCGCUUUUGGAGAGCUAGUGUUGGAUUUUGAGGGUAAAAGAUUGGUGGGCUGUUAGCGUGGAGGUGAAAAGUGAGGAACUUGAUAUAAAUGGCUAAUAGAGUUGACUUCUAGGACAUUUGGAGCGAGUCAUGGGCUGUACCCUCAAAAAUUCAGGUCGUUGGUGGAUUUUGCAGCACAUCAGUUAUGUGUGUCGCAUAGAGUGUAUGGCGGGAUGGGGUGGAAUGCUCAGAAAGAGUUGUUUGAUCGUUGUGGAGGAAAUUGGAAGCGGGUUUUGAGGUUCUUACAGGCUGUUGAGGAAUCAUCAGGCAUGGUCAAGACCUCAGCAUGCAAUAUGCAGGUUACAACCGGAAGAUAUCACACGUUGCUGAUCAGAGAUUCAUCUGUAUAUUCUUGUGGUUCCAGUUUGUGUGGUGUUCUUGGACAUGGUGCUGAAACAACACAAUGUGUAGCAUUCACACGGAUUAGAUUCCCAUCUUUGGCUAACGUGGUCCAAGUCUCAGCCUCCCAUAAUCAUGCUGCUUUUGUUUUGCAGUCCGGAGAGGUUUUCACUUGUGGUGAUAAUUCAUCAUUUUGCUGCGGUCACAAAGAUACAAAUCGCCCCAUAUUUAGGCCCAGGCUUGUUGAGGCACUAAAGGCAGUUUCAUGCAAGCAGGUUUCUGUGGGCCUUAACUUUACAGUGUUCCUCACAAGACAAGGCCAGCUUUAUACAUGUGGGACGAACACACAUGGGCAACUUGGUCAUGGUGACACGCUAGACAGACCGACACCCAAAAUCAUUGAACUGCUUGAGGGAAUUGGUCCUGUGGUUCAAAUAGCUGCUGGUCCCAGCUACGUGUUAGCUGUAACUGACAAUGGUGUAGUUUACUCUUUUGGUUCUGGUUCUAAUUUUUGUCUUGGUCAUGGAGAGCAACACGAUGAGUUCCAGCCACGUGCAAUCCAGACAUUUAGAAGAAAGGAUAUUCAUGUGGUCCAUGUUUCUGCUGGGGAUGAGCAUGCUGUGGCACUUGAUUCAAGUGGAUUUGUCUAUAGUUGGGGAAAAGGUUACUGUGGAGCAUUAGGCCAUGGGGAUGAGAUUGAUAAGACUCUUCCUUCCCUUGUGAACUGCCUUAAGAGCUGCCUUGCUGUGCAGGCUUGUGCAAGAAAAAGAAAAACAUUUGUUCUGGUCGAUGAUGGUUCUGUUUAUGGCUUUGGGUGCAUGGGAUUUGGUAGCCUUGGCUUUCCAGAUAGGGGUAUAACUGAAAAAGUGUUGACACCUCGAGUCCUUGAUAGCUUAAGAGCUCAUCGUGUUUCUCAGAUCAGCACAGGCCUCUACCACACUGUCGUGGUUACCAACCAGGGCCAAAUGUUUGGAUUUGGAGAUAAUGAAAGAGCACAACUUGGGCACGACACAUUGAGGGGAUGCCUGCAACCAACUGAAAUAUUUGUUCAAGAAACAGCAGAUGAUACAGGCCUUACUUUGGAAAGCAAAUGACUGUCAAGUCUAGGAACCCUUCUCUGCUUUGUGGAUGCCACUGUUAUAUCAGAAGUUUAAACUGCUACUCAACACAGCUUACUCAAAUGAGUUAAUAUUCUCAUACCAGAUUGAGUCGUCUCAUAUUUUUGAAAACUUGAGUUAGAUUGCUUUAAUUGUACCUAUGAAAUGCACUUCAUGUAAUAGUUGUCCUGUGGAACAAUUUUCACUCAUCGCAACGUUCUUUCUAUUGAUUCACAUUUAGCUGCGUA